CAGACUUUUUCAAACCCACUCUCCGACGAAGCCAAUUCCUCCACGCUCUCCCUCGAACAAAAGUCGCGCGUGGAAUACAACAAGCUCCUCGCCAAGUCCAAGCGCAAUCUCAAACUCUGCAUCGAGAGGGUCUCCAAAAGCAAAGAAUCAGACUCUGCUGGUGUGAAGCUGGAAGAGCUGCUGGUGGAGGAAACGUGGUUGGAUGCUCUCCCUGAUGAACUCCAAAAACCCUAUGCCCUCACUCUCUCCAAAUUCGUGGGAAGCGAGAUUUCUUGCGGCGGCGACGACGUCGUUUUCCCUCCCACGCACUUGAUUUUCAACGCUCUCAACUCUACGCCUUUUCAUACGGUGAAAGCCGUUAUCCUUGGCCAGGUUUUUGGGUGUCUGAGAGUGCAACGCGACGGCAAUUUUGACUGCAUUUGGGUUCAUUUUAUUGCAAUAUUAAGGUACAAUAUCCGACAUGUGCCUGACUUAUGUGUAGGGAUUUGUCUUUUUACAAAGAUUGCAGCAAGGGGAAUGUGGAUCAUCAAGUAUAUAUUGAUGACUUAUAGGUGUCAUUUUGUUUAUAUUUCACUACCUGCUGGCUUAUCUAUCAGGAAGCAUCAAGCAUAUUCUCAUGUCAAAAAAGGCUGGGAACAAUUUACUGAUGCUGUUAUCAAGACAAUAUCACAGAAGGAAGGAGUUGUGUUUCUGUUGUGGGGAAACUCUGCUCCAGAAAAAUCUAGGUUAAUUGAUGCAACAAAGCAUCAUGUUCUUACUGCUGCACAUCCUUCUGGUUUGUCUGCAAAUAGAGGCUUCUUUGGCUGCAGGCACUUCUCUUGCACUAUUCUGGAGCAAAUGGGGAUUGAUCCCAUAGAUUCGCAACUAUAAUAAUUUUCUUUAAUGUUUCAAGGUAAUUUUUUUCCUUUGGUUAGGACCAUUUUUGAAGCCUACUGCUGUAAGUUUGGGGCGCUUCUGAAAUCAAUUUGCUUAAUGUAUAGAUGAUUCUGUCGAUUUCAAAUCUGCCUAGAAAAGAUGUUUUUUCUUUUGUCGAUAAUUUGGUCCUACGGUGUUGCUACCUUGGAGAUUAUGCUGUACUGACUAGGAUUUUGGCUUUUAACUAUGUUCUCGGAUACUAAAUUGAUUUCGUGUAUUAUCUAUGUGCUAUCCUAAUAUUAACGAACAACACCCUGAUGUCUA